CUCUCUCCUCUCAUUCUCCUCUCUCAACACUUUCUGGUUCUUCUCCAAUAAUCAAACCUUGUCAUCAUCAGUUCCUCAUAUGUUUCAUUUUAAAGUUGAAGAACAAAAAGAAUCACGCCUAUCUUCGUCCGUCAUCAACUCCGGUGAACAACCCCCAACCCAUUUUUCAGUUCCGUCAAUACUCUGGCACAAACGACUCAGAUCUGGCUUCAAAUCCACCUGCGAGGUUGCGGCCUUGAAGCGAUUCAGAUCCAGUUUCAUCUUGCUGGAUUCAGACCGGCCAGUGGAUUUAGAUCCGGUUUCACCCUGAAACGAUUCAGAUCCGGCUAGCGAUUGCUGGAUUUCUGGCUUGGUGUUCGGAAAAUUAGAAAAAGAUAUAGUUUUUAUUAUCACACUGUAAGUUUGAAUAUCUGGCUGGGUGUUUGGCACAAAACUUUUAGCUCCAGAAGUUUUUUGAAAAAUAUGUUAUGAAAGAAAUAGCUUUGCACAUGGUUUUUGUCAUUUCAAAUUAUUUAGGAUAUUAGAAGUAAUCUGCUUUGAAUUCUAGUUCGUUCCUUUCUGAUAUCAAUUUGCUUUUUUUUUCUUUAAUAACAUCAGAUAUUCAAAACUACAGUUUUUACAUUUCAGAACAAACAUUAUUAAAAUUAGGUGUAUCUAUGUAUCUUUCUAUUAUCAUGAGACUUGAAUUGGGUGGGAGUGGCGGUAGUGCAGAGAUGGUUGAGGCGCUGUAGAGUGGGGGUUCGACUUCAAUCAGAAAUGGAGGGUUAACGAUGAUGGUGGUGGUGGGUCGGAGAUGAUGAUCGGCAGUGGUGCUUUUAGAAGAUGAGAGUGGUGGUGGUUCAGUGGUGGCUGCCCAUGGGUUGGGUUUUGUGGUUGAAACGGGUAAAAUUACAAACCUACCCUUAUGUGACUGAAAAUUAUAACCUGGUUAGGGCCAAAGGACGUAAAGUGUAAUGAGUUUUCUAAAUAAAGGACUAUGACUGUAAUUAUUGAAGUUAAAGGUCAUCCAUUGUAAUCCGCAAUAAACAUAAAGGACGAAAAGUGUAAUUUACCCUUCCUUUUAUCUUCCUCAUAACAACUUCUUCAUCUUCUCUUCUUCAUUCAUCUCAUCUUCUCUUCAUUCAUCUUCUUCAUCUUCUUCAUUCAAUUUCACCAUUAACAACCUUACAAAGUUUCAAGGGAAAGGGGUUGGAGCAUUGUUGGCAUUGUUAGUUUACAAUACGAGUACUUUUAUAAGGAGUCAGAGGCUAACAAACACAAUCGAUGUGCUUUUUUAAAUGUGAACGCAAUCACAGGUGAUAUGUGCAAAAGAAAUCCUAGAGAGGUUGAAGAUCACAUUUUCAGUUUAGCGACUCAUCAUGUCGAUAAAGAUUUCAUUCUUGCACCGCAUUUGUCUGACGACCAUUGGUCUUUGUUCAUCAUUGCCCAACAUAUAGGACAUGUAUAUAUUUUGGAUUCAACAAAGAUAAAAGGCGAAAAGAAUGCUUCUAACUAUCGUCUUUCAAGCCUACUUCCCACCGCCUUAGGAUCCGAGUUCAACUACACAAUGGUUGAUUGUAAGCAACAAAAGGGUGGAUGGGAAUGCGGCUACAUGGUUCUCCAACAUAUGUUUGACUUUGUCAAUUUGUAUCAAAACCAAUUUCCCGAUGAAAUGUGGCACGACAUGAGAGAGGCUACGAAUAAUGAAAUAGAUGUUUUGUUGAUGACGUUGAUGCCGAAGUUUUUUAGCGAAUUAGGUAUUUCGGUAGUUUAGCUUAUGUGUAGUUUGUUAUGUAUUCACAAAUAAUUGUAAUUUGACGGGUUUAAUUCGUAAUUCGAUGUCUACGGGUUUAUUUUGGAUUUGAA